AUGCAAAUAGUUGUUAUGCCAAGCUCAUGUGGAGGAUUCCCCGGUAACACCGUAGACAAUCCUAAGAAUCAAACAUGCAAGGUUAUUGAUACAUGUUUAGGGGAAAUUAUUGAACAGGGUAAAGAUGAGGCAACUAAAGAAGGUGUGGUUGAACUAGAAGAAAGUGGAAAUCAAGGCGAAAAGGAGGAAAGAAGAGUCACUCUUGAUCAACUCAUUGAUAAAAACUCUCCUUGGAGAAGGACAGAGAAGCAAAUCCUGACUGAACUGAAUCCUCCUUUACCGGAUUAUAUUAAACCACCAUUCCUUAUAAUUAAGAAGAAACUGGUUCAAGAAGAUGAAGCAUUGAUGUUUACAAAGUUCAAGAAAAUGCUAGCUACUCUCCAUAUAAGUAUUUCGUUCCAUGAAAGUUUAAAACUCAUGCCUAACUUUGUUAAAUUUAUGAAGGCAUUACUAAAGGGGACUAAAGAUAAAGCGGUCAAGGAGCAUGUGAACAUGACCGAAAAGGAUAAAGUGGUAAUCUCUCAAGCUUUUCCAUUAAAAUUAAAAGAUCCAGGUAAGUUUACUAUUUCUUGCAAUAUCGGUGAGGUGGAUAUUUCGUAUGCUAUGUAUGAUCUUGGAUCUAGCAUAAAUGUCAUGCCACAAAAAACUAUAAAAGACUUCAAAAUGGGUGAGGUCACACCGAGUAACAUGACUCUCACUCUAGCUGACUCAUAUAUUACUCAACCAGAUGGUAUUUUAAGUGACAUAUUAGUACAUGUUGACGUACUAGUAUUUCCUGCGAAUUUUGUAGUGUUGGAUACAAAAGUAGGUUCAGGAGGAUUUGUUAUUCUCGGACGACCAUUCUUGGAGAUCGGGAAAGCAAAGAUUGAUGUAGAAACUGGUGAACUUAUCUUGAAGUCCAAUGAAAAGAAAGUUGUUUUCAAGGUGUAUGACUGGACACUGUGUGUUGAGAAUUUGGACACUUGCUAUCAUCUGGAGGAAAAAUGA